GAGGACAGCUUUUAUUAAAUGUGAUCAUAAGAACGUACUAGUUUUAAUCUCACUAUAGAUAACACACUUUUACAGAAAGAUUUACUUAAUAACCAGGUGUAUUCAAACAUAUAAGUAUUUAUUGUCACAUAUAAACACAAACUUUCAAACUUGCACUUAAGCGAUCACGAUCAUAAAUGGAAAAUGGGGGAAGUGUUUUGUUUCCGCAAUGGUGUGUUACACAUAGAAAAUGUCAGCGUUCAUAAUAUAUUUCCAAUAUCACAAGAGGAACCUGUGUACGUAUUCAGUAAGCAUAAGAUUAUAUCGAACAUAAGGAACUACAAAAAUGAACUGAACGAACAGUCUUUUCCAUCAACAAUAAAUUAUUCCAUGAAAGCAAAUGCCAAUCCGUCAAUUCUUCAAAUGUUCAAGGAAAAUGGGUGUUCUCUUACUUUAGUCAGCGGUUUGGAACUGAAAAUAGCUUUAGAACUACAAUUUCCGAAAGAAGAUUUGGUGUUUAACGGAAACGGAAAACAAAAUUGGGAAAUUGAUUUAGCCAUUCAAAAUGGAGUUCUGUUGAACAUUGACAGUGUAUUUAAUCUGCGACAAACGGUAGCCGUUUGCAAACGAGAAAAUAGACCGGCUAGAGUUCUAUUGAGGGUGAAUCCUGAUAUCAAGGUUGAUGUACACGAGCAUGUAUUAACAGGAAAGAUUGGGUCGAAAUUUGGGGUCGACGGAGCUGAAUUCAACGAAGUAGUUACCAUUUUACAAAAUGAACAAUUGCUGACUCUUGUUGGCCUGCACAGCCAUCUUGGAUCCACCAUAGAUGAUGUGGCAGCUAUUGCAGAGAGUACUGAAAAGGUUUCAAAAAUAUUUAGAAAUUUAAAAGCAAAAGGGUUUAGUUCCAUGAAAUAUAUCAAUAUAGGAGGAGGGCUUGGCAUCCAGUAUCGAAAGAAGGAAUUAGAAACCCUAGGGUGGAAGAAUAUAGAAGAAAGUCGCAAAAAUAAACUUGAAAAUGUGUUUAAUGAAAUAUCGUCCCAUAGUGAUUUUCAAUCAAUCACAGAGGAUUUCAAAUCUAACAAAAUUGCAGCAACGCAGUUUUUAGAAUUGACAGAAAAUAUUUGUAAAAUGGAUAAUCCUCAAAUAGUAGAAAAACUGGAAAAUUCACUUGGAGUCAGAUGUAUUAUGCCAACUCCAGCCGAUUUGAUACAAAGUAUUAAACAAUAUAUUGAUGAUGAUGUUCACCUUAUAAUUGAGCCUGGACGAUCAUUGGUAGGCAAUGCUGCCAUUUUGUUAUGUCGUGCAUUGGGCUGUAAACAAAGUGGUGACAAACACUUUUUAGUCGUGAACGGUUCAAUGAACGAGGUUAUCCGACCGAGUCUGUAUGGUGCAUACCAUCAUAUCGACUUGGCAGAACCCGCAGUAAAAGGCGGCAAAAAGUUUUAUGAUGUUGUUGGCCCAGUUUGUGAAAGUGGAGACUUUCUCGGUAAGAACAGACUGUUGUCCACACCACAUGAUGGCUGUUUAUUAGCAGUUUUCGACACCGGUGCGUAUUGUGGUAGUAUGUCAAUGACGUACAAUAUGAGACGACGAGCAGCUGAAAUUAUGGUCGAUAAUGAUACCGUAAAAGUAAUUCGACGUGCCGACACAUACGAAGAUUUGAUGAAACCCUACAGGGUAUGAAAAUUGGAAAGGGAUUAUUUUUAUCGUUGUGGACUGCAAAUUUCUUGAUAUUACAUGUCAAUGUACUUCGCCUGUAAUAUUUGUAUCUUUUUAAACAAGAAAAUUUUAAGGUUUUCCUCUUUUUCGUUUGUUCUCACGAACCUUUAGACAUUAUUUAUUUUGUUUAUGCACUUCUAUAAAUGUAUAACAGAUUAUUAUAGCUUAUUAUAUGUAUUCAUCGUGAA